CACCUAUCUGGCGUCAUUCUUUUCGCCCCUGGGCACACUGUUUGCCUUUCGCACGCGUAUUUUUCGAGCAAUUUUGCGUGUAAAUUUUGUUGUUAAAUCACAGUAAAACAGCAGCAAUCAUGGCGCAGUUCGAUCUAACACGCAUCAACUGUCAAUACCUGGACAGGCAUCUCACUUUCCCGCUGCUGGAAUUCUUGUGCGGCAAGGAGAUCUACAACCAGCAGGAGCUGCUGGAAUACAUCCUGGAGACGGUGAACAAGACGAACAUGAUUGAUUACACGAUGGACACGCGAAAGCGUCUCAAUCUCAGCCAGGAAAUGCCCGAGGAGCUAGUGCAGCGCAAGGCUGAGGUCCUGGCUACGCUCAAGCAGCUGCAGAACGAGGUGGCGCCCAUCAUGAAGGCCACCGACAUUCUCAAGAAUGGCGAGAGCAUGAAGGACUCGAAGACCUUCGUCAAUGCCUUGCAAAAGGAUUACAACUUUAAGCUGGAGCACCUGGAAAGCGCCUACAAGCUGGCCAAGUAUCUGUACGAGUGCGGCAACUACCAGGAGUCCACCUCGUAUCUCUACUUUUGCCUGAUUGUAAUGUCGCCCAAUGAUAAGAACUAUCUGAAUGUCUUGUGGGGCAAGCUGGCUGCCGAGAUUCUGACCCUCAACUGGAACACCGCCUUGGAGGAUCUGACCCGUUUGCGUGACUACAUUGACAGUGCCAACUUCAGCACCAUCCAGGCCCUGCAGCAGCGCACCUGGCUGAUCCACUGGUCUGUGCUGGUUUUCUUCAACCACCCCAAGGGUAGGGAUCUCAUCAUUGAGAUGUUCCUGUACAAGCCGCUGUAUUUGAACGCCAUCCAGACGAUGUGCCCGCACAUCAUGCGUUAUCUGGCCACCGCCGUUGUGAUCAAUCGCACCCGGCGUAAUGCCCUCAAGGAUUUGAUUAAGGUAAUCCAGCAGGAGUCGUACACGUACCGCGAUCCCAUCACCGAGUUCCUGGAGUGUCUCUACGUGAACUUUGACUUUGAGGGCGCUCGUCUGAAGCUGCACGAGUGCCAGACGGUGAUCCUUAACGAUUUCUUCAUCGUGGCCUGCCUGAAUGAGUUCGUGGAGGAUGCCCGCCUGAUGAUCUUCGAGACCUUCUGCCGUAUACAUCAGUGCAUCACCAUUAGCAUGCUGGCCGACAAGCUGAACAUGAAGCCCAAUGAGGCAGAGUGCUGGAUUGUCAACCUCAUACGGAAUGCCCGGCUUAAUGCCAAAAUAGAUUCGAAGCUGGGGCAUGUGGUGAUGGGCACACAGCCGCUGAGUCCCUACCAGCAGCUGGUGGAGAAGAUCGACUCGCUGUCGAUGCGGUCAGAGCAUUUGGCCGGUUUGAUUGAGCGCAAGAGCAAGCAGAAGAACCAAGAGUCCAUUGACUCGUGGAAGUACUAUUAAAUCUGCUGGACUGUUUUUAAACCACAAAACUAAUCUAAGACACUUUGUACACCUUCAAUGAUUGCGCGCAGUCGAGCGAAUAAACCAACAUCCAACUUUCGCUCAAAA